CGCACGAGGCAGGGGAUGAGAGCCACAACCAAGGAAGCAGCGCCCACCGGGCUCCCCGGGCUGGAAGGCCCCGAAUUGAGGGCACCCCUGCAGGAUCACGCUCCUCUCGUCGUGCGCCCAGGGCAUGACGUCCGUGUAGGGAGCCUAUGCCGGGUUGACUCUAGGACUCAGACCCGGUCACCCUGAAUCAGAGGUUGCCAGGCCCUGGCUCCCCGGAUGGCCUCAUCCUGGGUCCUCCCAUCGCUAGGAAUGUUUUACUGGUAACAGUACUUGAGUUGAGAAGAUCCAUGCUCAUCCAACGCGUUUCAGCCCCAUUCAGACGGCUGGGUGGCUUACCAAGCAUUGCCUGGGAGAAUCUUGUAUCACCUGAAGGAAGGAACCGCCUGAGGGAAAGAGGACCUUAAAAAGGAGUCCAUUCAUUAUCUGCAAUUUCUAUACCAUAUCUUAAUUAAAAUGCCAAGAAGUUAUACCCUAAGACCGGAGACCAGAGCAUUGGGGGCUGCACAAAUCAUGAACGGAGUGAUUUACUAUGCUUUGGGGUAUCUCUGUUAUGCAUUAUUCCUCCAAGAAGAGAAGAGAGAAAGUACUGGUUAUAUUCCUGUCAUUGUUACAAUAGUUCACAUAUUUUGGUCAUCGCCAUUUUUCAUCGCCUCGGGAUCCACCAGCAUACAGGCAGAGAAGUAUCCCACAAAAUACAUGCUUAUUUAUAGCCUUGUUAUGAACAUCUUAAGUGUCUGCUUUUCUAUAAUUGGUAUAAUGAUACUAAGUAUUGCCUGUUUCACAUAUCAUGCAGACACCGACGAAUAUGUUUGGACACAUAUGGCUGGUAGUAUGCUUUUACAAUAUUUACUCUUCAGCACUAUCUCGGAAGUGAUCUGUGCAUGCAUAACAAUCAGAUGGAUUUCAGUAGCUUUAAAUCAUCCAAAAUACAAUGAAAAGAGUUCUUCACUGUUGGAAUCCAACGUCUCCAAAACACCAGCAUGACUUCAGUCAUGAACAAAACAUAAACUGAAUUAGUGAAGAAUGGUCAUUUAUCAAGAGGCCUCAUGGAAAAGACAUGUUAAGGAAGUCCUUUCUGGCACACCUUCUCCCUACUUCUUUAAUAAAAGAUGUGCUUUGAUCCCAAGUUGAUUCUACCCUUUUUCA